AUGGUGCACUGCAGUGGUGCUGAGACGGUAUUCGCUUUGUGGUUACUGCAUGGUCUUCGCACUGCUUUCAAUCUUACAAUCUUUGAGUUGCAUUCUCGUGUAUUGUAUACUUGUGCAUUCCUGUACAGCUUCGCUGUUUGUGCACUUGUACUUUCUUGUCAGCUUCGCUGUGUAUAUCUGUACAGCUCCGCUGAUUCGGUUUCUCUGUGUCCUGGCCUGCUUCCAUGGGAGCUCGAAUCGGCCAGCGCAGACAUCGCAGACCAGGUUGACGGUUCACCGUCGCCAGUUGCGAAGAUUUGA